AUCGACAAUCCGCCCCGCCGCCCGCACUUUGCACAAACGACCCCUCUCCCUCUCUCUUUCACUCUCUCUCGGAGUCGUUCGGCGAGUUUUCCAGUCGCAUCGAUGUUGUUCUUCUCGUACUUCAAGGACUUGGUGGGCAGAGAAGUCACCGUGGAGCUGAAGAAUGAUCUGGCCAUCAGGGGCACGCUCCACUCCGUCGAUCAGUACCUCAACAUCAAGCUCGAGAACACUAGGGUUGUCGAUCAGGACAAGUACCCUCACAUGCUGUCAGUCCGGAACUGCUUUAUCAGAGGAUCAGUGGUGAGGUAUGUUCAGCUACCUCCUGAUGGAGUUGAUAUUGAAUUGCUUCAUGAUGCCACAAGAAGAGAAGCUAGGGGUGGUUGAAGUUUCCGAUGAGAUGCUUGAACUGUAUUUGUAUGGUUGAGGGACCAAUUUAUAUUGGCUGAUAUUGGAACCUUGACAUAGUGGUCUCAUUAGCAUUUGUGCUAUGACCCCUGAAAAUUUGGCUCUUCUUGUCACCUGGGGAACUGUUUUUUGCCUGAGGUGAUCACUAACUUGAAAAUUUGAACUAUUCUUAUGUCCUCCUAUGUCCUGAAAAAAGCAAAAAGAACUUGUCUAUGUCAUAAAUGCAUGAAGUGUGCUGCCAAGGCCAUGACAAUGGUUGUCGUAUGCUCAAUUUAAUUUCACU